AUGCCGAGCCUUUCAGACCUCACAAAGGCAGUCAUACGGGAGAAGAAGCAAGAUGGAUCACCGCUCUACCCAGAUUACAUGCCUUUCUACGACCCCUUGGAGAAAGUAGAAGACAUAGGCUCCUUCGAGCACCACGACCCAGGUCAUAGAGCAGACCCUACAUUCCCAAAUCUUCUCAAGAAUGCGACUAAGUUCUACGACCUCUCGCCAAAUGUAGGAACCGAGAUCGAAGGCGUCCAGCUCUCCCAACUCACACAAAGCGGUCUUGACGAACUCGCUCUACUCGCAGCUCAAUGUGGAGCUCUCGUCUUCCGUUCGCAAGACUUCGCAGACAUCGGCUUCUCCGCACAGAAACGGAUUGUCUCACACUUCGGCCCCUUGCACGUCCAUGGCUGGGCACCACAUCCAGACGCGGGUUCUCACGAACACAUGAUAAUCUACGACCACGCCUCUGACUUGCGAGUACGUCGUUCGUGGAGAGGACGUAGCCCCAUUCAAUGGCACACGGAUCAAUCACCGGAACAGCAACCUCCAGGCACGACAUUCAUUUGCAUGCUAGAGAGUCCUGCCCAGGCUGGAGGAGACACGUUGAUCAGUAGCAGUGUCGCUGCUUUCAAAGCUUUGUCUCCCAGAUUUAGGAAGAGGCUGGAAGGGCUGCAGGCUGUGCAUUCGAACAAUGACGGCGUGAAGCAGGAAAUGAAGAAUGGCGAGCAAGCGGUGAUGAGAAGGCAGGAGUUGGAGGCAGUCCACCCUGUGGUUAGAGUCCAUCCCGUCACAGGAGAGAAAGCUUUAUACGUCAAUCCAGUCUACACCAAACGCAUCGUGGGUUUCGAUCAGGAAGAAUCAGACUACCUCCUAGGCUUCCUGUUCGAUCACAUAGCGAAGAGAGCAGACUUCCAAUGUCGAUUCCGCUACGAAGCUGGAACGGUGCUGGUGUGGGAUCAACGAGUCACAAAUCAUUCCCAGACGCUCGACUAUCCCGCUGGCGAGAGAAGGCACGCUUUUCGACUGACGCCACUCGCCGAGAAGCCAAUCCCUUCCAUGGUCGAGGAAGAUGACGGACAGUGUGAGAAGGACGAAGGGAGAGUAUCACUUGGACUCUGUUGA